GGCGACGCGCUCUGGGAUUCCGGUAUAAAGGACGCUCGCGCGAUCGCAAUUCUAUACAGUAACGCGUCCUAACCCCAGCAUGUACCGACUUCUUUUCUUCGCGUUGUUAAUAUACACCGUUUCGGCCGAAUCAUGUAUCAUUCAAGACAAGAAGGGAAAACCGGACAUUCGGGUGAUCGAAUUAGACGAUUCAAGCAGCGACUCCGACAGCGAAUCAGAAGUCAUAGCUCUACAUCUGCCAGACAGGCGAAGGAGGGAAAUUAUCGAGAUUCGUAACCAGGAAGGAGGCAAGAACUUCUGCAAGGACGAUGACGAUUGCGGCCCAGGAUCAAUCUGUGUAGCACAUCUGACCUGCGUGAAAGGAACAAAGCGUACUGUGGAUACUCUGAAAGCGAACGCUGCCAAUUGAAAAUCGGACGAUGCGGUAAAGAGGUGACGGCGACGUAACGGCGGACGUCUCUCGCGUGCAUGACGACAGCGUGCCGAUGAAAUUUUUUUUUUUUGUGCGGAGUAAUCUCGCUGCCCGCGCCGGAACAAUAAGCGCGCUCAGCAUCAAUCGAAUGAUCGAUUUCCCAUCAUCGCCAAUAUCCCAGCCGGAUAUCUGUUUGUUUAUCUGUAUUUCGCGCGCCGAUGAAAUUUUCCCGGCUGUACAUCCCAUCCAUUGUCAGCGCAUGAAUAUAACAUAAACCCGAAAAAUAUCGGACAUUUAAUGGCGACCCGGUCGCGGUCGCGGACGCCAUGUAGUAAAAGCGGUUAAGUUACAUUUUACAAAACGCGGAUUCGGAAACCAGCCCAGCGAGCGCAGGGAUACGGCCGGCGCGUAAAAGCCUCUCCACCCUUUCUCCGCCUUCGCGGGGGAGGGGGGGGGGACAAAAAACAAACAGUAUCGUCGGGGAAACAUAUGGCGCCGUACGAUAGGGACUCAUUAACGGCGGAGGAAACGGCGGAGCAGUGCGAGCCGUAUAUAAGACAGGAGGGGGUCAGCCCUCUCGUCGUCGUAAAUUUAGUGGGAACAACUGCUUUCGCCUGCAAGCUCCGCUUGCAGCACUGCCCGCCGCGCCGCCGCGACCGCAACCCGCGAUCGAAACGGCGUACCCCGCGCGCCGUCGAAAAAUCUUACUGUGCAGCGCAUUAGAGAUUUACACUCGAAAUCAAUUAGCUUCUAAUUGACACGAAUGAGACCGCGCGAGUCUUUGUUGGGUAACCGCAGCUAUCGGGUAUCGAUGGCGAUCGUAGGAAGUUGGUCUCCAUAUCGCUCGGGAGAUUGUCGUCAGCGCGAGAGACUUUCGGUGUAGGAGAAAACUUCUAUUUAUGGUACAUUUAUGGUAUACUUAUAUACGUAAAAUACAACAGAUAUCCCACGGUGACGGUUGCAUGAAUAAAAUAUAUUAUAUAUAUAUAAUAUGUAAUGUUAUAUUAUAUAUAACGAAUGUUAAAGUUAACCAGAUAACAAUAUCAAAUAAAUGUUGCAUGUCUCAAA